AUGGACAGCUCAGCGAAAGGUGGUAAAAAGGAGGCUCAAGAUAUUACAACAAAAGAUGGGAAGCUGCCUAUGAGCGAAGCACUUCUGGACUAUCACCGUGAGAUAAAGGAGAAUGCAGUGGAGCGAUUCAUGUUUCAUAUCAAGAAGCUGAGGGAUAAGAAUCAGAGGUACCAUGACAGGAAUAGACGCCUGAAAGAUGAACAGAAAUGGCAUGUAAAAAACCUCCUAAAAGAACUGACUGAGGAGAAGGCAGAGGGCGUCCCAGCUAUAACAAGAGAGGAGGUGGAAGAAGCAAUGAAGGAAAAGUGGCAGUUUGAAAGAGACCAGGAGAAAAACUUGAAAGAAAUGCGCAUACAAAUAAAUGAUGCUGAGAAACUAUUUCUUGAAAAACUCAGUGAAAAGGAAUAUUGGGAAGAGUACAAGAAUGUAGGGAGUGAACAGCAUGCUCAACUCAUUAUUUCCUUACAAAAUGACAUCAAAACCGUCAAAGAGAAUGCAGAGAAAAUGUCAGUCUCUAUGUAUCUAACCCUGGAAAAGUGCACUCUACAUCGCUGUGUUUUAAAGAUUUUGACUAGAAAGCCAGGUGUAGCUUUCACUAGCCUGGAGCUCAACAGACUGCACUGUGUUGCCGGUGAGCCUCAGGCCCCCUCACUUGUCUGUUUCCCAGGCAGUGGGGCUGCAAACACACCACUAUGUCCCCGGAACGCUGUAAAGUUUGUCGACAGGGGCAACUAUCGAGAGGUCUGGGAGAAUGACUGGCUAAAAAAGGAAAUUUCCAUCCACAAGAAGGAAGUUGAAAAACUGGAAAAUUGUAUUCAUGAACUGGAGAAGGAAAAUUUGGUGCUUAUUGAGCAGCUAUUUAACUGUAAACUUGUGGAUCUCAAAAUACCCAGGAAACUGUAUAGUACUCAAGCUGCUGGGCAGCAAGAGCUACCUGAAGAUGUUGCAUCUUUGAAGUUGCCAGAGCUAGACAAAGACUCAGAGGAGAAUUUGAAAUCACCCACUGAAGCUAGAGAUGAAGCAAGCCUUUUACCGGGGAGCAGCAAGGAGGCUAGCAUUCCGGAGGUCCAGUUGGAACAGACAGACAGAGGGGACAGCUCCUCCAUAGAGAUCAAGGGCUCUGUUAUCCAUUAUUUACUUCAUGAGGAUGAACAGGAUUUCAAGGAUUAUGUAAAGUUGGGCCCCCUGGCUCUGAAGCUCAUGAGUGUGGAAGGUAAGAAGAUGCCCAUUCAUUUUCAAGAAAAGGAGACUCCACUAAUAACAUACGAAGAUCUCAAGGUCCCUGAUAACCACAUCACACAUAAGAUGAUGAAGUCGUUCCUCUAGCCUGAAAGCUGCAUCAUGGAAACCUCCUUUCCUUAGAAAUUGUUUCUGAAUAAAGCACCCAAGUUUCUCACUUU